AAAUUUUUUCGAGUAUAAAAGUGAUUUGAUUCGCAAUCAAAUCAAGCAGAAGUGUUUCAAUCCUCUUAACAGUAACAACAAUCAGCUUUUGAUUAUUUUAAAUUGUUUCUAAUUCACCAACAACAAUCAAAGUCCAAACAAAUCAUGUUCAUCGUAAAGUUAACUUUACUCUGUGUUCUCUUUGCUGCCACCGUGAUGGCCAACGGGUGGGACAAUUGGGGUAAAAACCAUUGGGGUGGUUGGUCUCAUUCUUAUGGACCAGAGCCUUGGAGUAACGAUUAUGGAUACAAGUGGACAAACAAAAAGGCCUCAGUUUAUCAUCACCGAAAAGGAACUCCAAGCUGGGGAUGGGGCAAUGAUAAGUGGGGUCAUGGUUGGGGUCACGGUGACAAAUGGGGCUGGUCAGAGCCCAAGUGGGGAGGUAAUGACCACUUCGUCUACGGUGUCAAGGUUCACCACGAUGUCCCAAAGAAAUGGGGUGGAUGGGGAUGGCAUUAAAUUGCAGUCCAACAAUUAACUAAAUUGUUCAACUCUGGAUACUCAUGGUAAACCAACACAGCGAAUACAAAAUAAUUUAUUCCCAAUCCGAUUAUUUUCAAUCGAACUGAUCAGUUUUAAUUGUUUCCUCUUUUUCCUAAUUGUGCCUCGUUAAUUAAUCAUCAUUUAAAUUGUAAAAUUUUUUGUUCUUUUCACACAAAAUUUAAUAUAUAUUGUAACAUAUUCAUAACAAUCACCAACCACAAUCAAAAUAAAUUAACUCAGCAACUGUAACUAAAUCAACUAAA